AGAGUUUGGUCACAUGAUCUGUUCAAAAUGUCGGCGGAUCUGACUCUCGGGUCAGUCCCGGCGUACUACAGGGAGGUUUAUGAAAUUCUGUGUCCCCACAACGAACAGGUUGAUAAAGAUCUUUUUAUACAGCUGCUGUUAAAGUCGAGCUUGCCGCGACCUACAAUAUCACAGAUAUGGGAUAUGGUAGAGAGCAAGCAGGGCUACCUGACCAGGGUAGGGCUGUAUAAAGCCCUGGCUCUAACUGCUCUGGCUCAGCAGGGCAAAACUGUUAGUGAAAAACUACUGGAGAGUUUCUCUGGGCAUGAACUUCCAAGACCCAACUUAGGUGAUUUGUCAGACUUACGGGCAACAAGCAUCAAAAUGCGACGACAGAAAUCUCCCAAUAUACUAGGAUAUUCUUACCAUGAACUUUGUAAACUAGACACAAUUAAAGUAGAACUUGUGCCUGAGAAGAAAGGACUUAUACUAAAACAUGUGGAAUAUGAAGUCACAAGCCAGGUUUGUAAAACCACAGUGUUGAGAAGAUACACUGACUUUCUGGCAUUCCAAGAAAUGUUAAUGACAAGAUUUCCCUACAGACUUAUUCCAAGACUGCCCCCUAAGAAAAUGAUGGGAGCUAACAGAGAGUUCAUAGAACAGAGACGUAAAGCUCUGCGACGAUUUCUGAACUUGAUUGCCAGGCACCCACAGAUGUAUGAUGACAAACUCGUCAAAUUCUUCUUCACAUAUUCAGGGACAGAUAUGCAGCACAAAAUAAAAGAGGUUUUUAGGGGAAUCCCAGAUGAAUUUAUGACCAGCAACCUUGCAAGUCAAGCCAAGGAUCUAGUGCCAAUGGACACCCAGACUCAGCUCUCUAACAGUAAGGAACACAUUAGGAUUUUAUAUAACAGUGUAUGUAAAUUAAAAGACAUCACAGAGAGAAUGGUCUUCAGAGCCACUAACUACGCCUGUGAUAUGCUCCAGUUUGGACAGGAAUUAAGUCAGUUAAGCAAUGACAGUACCCCUAUCUCAGCCUGGGCUACAGGAACCACAGACACGUGGAGCCACCUACAGAAGGGGUUCAAGCACCUGUCUGUGGAGUACGCCGCCAUAUCAGAGAAAAGCUCAGUAGAGGCUGCAGACGAAGAUGAACAUGUUCUAGAGAAAUUAUCAUUCUUCCAAGAUAUGUUAAUAUCAUACAGAGAUUUAUGUGAGAGACAUGAGAAAGGAGUUCUACAGGAUCAUCAAAGGGCCAUUGCUAAAAUGGGGCAGUAUAAAAAGAAAAAAAUGUCUGCAACUGUUAGCUCUUCAGAGGCUGGUGCUGUCGAACAGUUGGAGCAGAAAAUACUUGAUCAAGAGGGUCAGAUAGCCAAUAUGGAGAACAGGAAUUACUACAGUUUACAUUGUUUACAAAUGGAGACACAACUGAUUCAUGCCAACCUGGAUAUUUUAUAUGACAUCCUGGGAGACAUGACGAAGAUUCAAGCUAAAGCACACAGGGAGCUUGGAAAAGUGUGGGGUGAUAUUCAACCAAUCAUAGACAAUUUACAAGGCCCCCGCCCCGAUUCUCCUGCCAGACUGUCCCCUGUGGGUUCCCCCACCAGCAACAGUCACCCAGGGAUCACAGCAUAAUACACUACUGCCCACACAACAGUUCAAACCUCUGUAUACUGGUUGUAAUCUGCCUCAACAACUUAUCAUUCCACAUCAAACCUCAGAGGAUCCUGAUUUCAUUCAUUAUUCAAAAUGGCACUUGUAUUCAAAUUAUUCAGCUGUCAUUGCAUAUGUAUUUUUUCCCCCCAAGGGAAAAAAACUUGGGUUAGAUUUACUUAUGCAAACUGUGAAAUUUGAAAGUAAGAGGAAAAGUUCAUGAGAAAAUUGGAAAUGCAUGUAUUAUAAGAUCAGCUGAAUCGUCACUAGUCACAUAAUAUUGUUAGUCUCCAUUGAUUCAGGUAUACAAGAAUCAUGAAUACAUUUACAUGUAUACUAUGUUAAAUAUAUACUUAUACUGAAAAAGUUGCUACCUUACCAUACUGUGUAUGUUUUGUUGCCAUUGAUAAUUUCAGGAGUCAUGUAUCUGAUUUGGUUAUCUUGCAGAUAUACUAGAGCAAAUCACUUCAUCUUUUUUUUUUAAAUACCGGUAUAUGUUAUACAUGUAAUCAGAAGAAUAUUUACAUGUACUUUAUUUAAUCGCUAGGUCUCAGAUAUCUGCAUUGAAAAAAAAAACAAGGAAAAACAUAUACACAGGUUUGCAUUAUGUAAAGUAUAAAUUAAAAUGCAGCAUUACUGUAUCCCACUUUUCUUUUAUAAUAAAUCUGUGCAUGUUCGGGAAAUUUUGAAUGUCCUAUAAUGUUUUAUUUUAAUAUCUUGGCCACAUGUUUUGGCAUAUACAAUCUUGCAUUUUGCUCUAUGUGUUGGAUCUCACUGCAUUUAACAAAUAUUAUUCCUCCCACUAGUGUCUAAUUAAGCAAUUUGUAAAUCUAGGACAAUGUUAAUAAAUAUUCUUGUUCUCUCUAGUGUAAAAUUGCAACAAACUUCUUUUGGAUUUUUCAUUAAAAAAAGGAAUUAAAUUUUAAACAGAAAAUAUCAAUGAAAUGACAUAUGGGCAUUGGAGUUCUCUUGAAUUGAUAGUGUGGAAUUAAUUAACAUUAGAAAACUGGCUGUCAUUGAGGGGCUAAGGCACGGGUCCUUUGUCAUUUGCAGCAUUAUAGUGUGCAUAUCUGUCAACAACAACAUCACCAGUAAUCAAUGAAUUAUUCAAAGGAUAUAGGGAGUAUUGAAGUGGCAUAAAAAUGUCUCUUGUGUUGUACACAGUAUGUCAGACUUUGUGCCCAUGAAUGCAUGAUUUCAAUUUGGAAUUGCUCUUCUUUUUGUUUUUCAUUCGUCUUUUCUUUGUUUUUGUGGGUUAAGGGAGCAUCUUUAUCAAAAUUAAAAUCUCUCUGUUGUAAAAUUCAAUGCAUUCCAGAUACCUUGCCAAUCGGAUCACGCUCGCCCUUUCCGGUAACCAAUUAAAGAUAUUUGUGACCGAGUAGUUACGAUUGAUACCUUGCAAGGUUUAGAAUUUAAUAAUUUUUUUAAGCAGAGCUAUUCUUUCGCUUCGUUUACAAUUCACCUUCUCAGAAUUAUUGCUAUAAAUAAUGAAAUAUUGUAUUCUAUACUGUAUCAUAAAUCGAUGCUAAGAAUUUUUGUGUAACAUAGAACAUUUUCCAACCUUGUCCAUUUAGACUUUUGAAUACAAUUGUUAUUGUUAUACCCAUAUGAAUUAGUUAGGGCAUAUUGCAAUUUGAUAUUUGUCCUACUUAAAUUGUUACCCAACAAAUAAAAUUGUGAAAUUUG